AUGAGCAGCACCGAAGAGAGCAAAAGCGGAGGACAGGAGUGCGUGGUAGGGAGCGGCGAGGUGCUGGAGGUGUUCAAGGCAUGGAGCGUGGCCAAGGCGCCGGCAGAUGUGGACGGAAGGACGGCGGCGAGGACGGUGGCGACGAUUGAUGGGCUGGUGAGCAAGUCGCUGGCGUCACGUAUCGACAAGUCGUAUGCACCCGAGUGUUUGGCGCUCAACGAAGGCCUCCCGGACUCGUCGGAGGACUUUAUGAUCAUGGCGCUCGGGAUCGUGGCCGAGGUCGCCGCCGCUGCAGACGCGUACGUGGAGAAGCGGGCCGAAGUGACUGCUCGGCUCGGAGCCGAACUGUUUGAAGACCUGCCGCCAGCUCUGGACCUGGAUCUGCUGGAGACGAUCGCGUGGCGGAACGGCUCUCUGCGGUACAUGAUUGUCUGCUGCUUCCUCGGCGAUGAAAUGCGGGCUGGCACCGCUGGACGACUGCCCAAGCUACGGGAGAUGCUGCCGCAGUUGGCGUCUGAGGCGCUGUUCUGGCUUGUGCGGCUUGUCGGGCGGCGGCUGGACGCCGAUGCCAGCGCCGCGGCGACUCGCCCUGCCGCCGCUGCGGUGGUCACGGGCGGCAGCGAGGGAGUGGCCGAGCUCGCAGGCUCGGCGGCCAACGAGGACUCGAUCCGCGCAUUGCUUGCGCUUGGCGUGUACUCGUCGACCCACUUGCUGGCGCUCAUCUACGCUGGCGAUCUCACGUUCUGGAUGGCGACCGCCGAGGAGCUCAAUGGCGGCGUUGUGAGCGAAGCCGAUCUUUCGCCUGCGGUCAGACACGCUUUGGCCGCCAUCCUCGCGGCGUACCCCACCAGCGACCAUGGCGUGCCGGACGACGUGGCAGGAGCACUUGGUGAGCCCGCGGGCCUUGCGCGCCUCUUCCUCAGCACCUUUGUCCACGUCGUCGACAACCUGAUCGCUGGGGCCGGAUGGGACGCAUCGGCAGCGCGUGACCGGCUCGCCGCUCUUGCUGUCGGCAGUGUGUCCGAAUGA